AUCACAAAUGGAAGUUUCUCCACUAGGCGUUCUAGAAGCAACAGCAGUCGAUAAAUGCAUUGACACAGAAAGCUUGGAAACACAGAGCAGGGAACUCUGCAGAGCACGGCUCUACGUUCCAAAUUUAAAAAUAGAAAUAGUCGCCACCGCUCGGCGCCGGCUACCACGCUGUCGAACCGAAUCUUUCUCACAUUUCCUCGGUACUAUCACAAUAUCAUUGUGAACAAAAAGUGUAGCUAUUUAAUUAACCGCGUAAAAACUACUUUCUCGCAUUUCCAUUCAGUGCCAGUGACCUAGUAGAUCCGUGUCUAACUAUAGCUGCAACAUGGCAGAUGAAAAUACGGGCUUCUUCAAAAAAUUCCACGACACCAUCAACAAUUCCGUCGACGACAUUUUGAGGAAUAACUUCACCAAUUUGGAAACAAACGAGAAAAGGGUGUCCUAUUUGUGCAGUCUUCCGGCAGUGAAAAAUUACGAUCUGACAAGCGAUUUGGAGAAAUGUCAAGGGGGAGCUGCAUUUCCGGUGCAGAAGGAUAUGGAAAAAGCGCGCGAACUAAAGAACGAAGGCAAUGGCGCCGUGCAGAAAGGUGACUGGGGCAAGGCUCUGCAGCUGUACAGCCACGCCUUGAUGUACGUGCCACUGAAAGAAACUGAAGAAGCUUCAAUACUCCUGGCCAACCGCUCAGCAGCUCUCAACCACUUGGACCAGCACGAGGAUGCCAUAGCAGACAUCCAGAGGUGCCUGAAGCUGGGCUACCCCCGCCACCUGCGGUACAAGGUGCUGGAGCGCAAGGCGAGGUGCCUGCUGGUGCUGAAGAGGAACCGGGAGGCGAUCACGGCCUUCCAAGAUACUAUCAGCGCAUUAGAUGAAGCUACCAGUUUAGAUAAAGCUAAACGUACCAAGUUACGCACGGAUGCUAAAAUUAUGUUAGAGAUGCUGCACAAGGGAUUGAAGCUCGCAGGGAAUCCUAAGGACCCUGAACCACUGAGAAAAGUUCCACCCAAAGCCAAGUUAACGGGAAAAGCUAAUGUAGAGUAUCCAUCACUGUCCGUAGCCGUGAAUAUAGAUUACGAUGACGUCAGAGGAAGAUUUGCUACUGCAAACAGAGACAUUCAAGCUGGAGAAGUCCUGCUGGUGGAGAAGCCAUACAGUGGGGUACUAUUGGCUGAAUACGCUAAAACACAUUGCCAAAAUUGUUUUAUUCCGUGUCCCAUACCAGUGGUUUGCCCAAAUUGUCCAAACGUCAUAUUUUGCAGUGAAAAAUGUCUUGAUACGGCGCAGAAAUCUUACCAUAAGUAUGAAUGCAAAAUCCUUCCACUCAUAUGGAAAUCAGGAUGCUCUAUAACUUGCCAUAUUGCUCUAAGAAUGGUUUUGCAGCACAACAAAGAGUAUUUCUCUGAAAUUGCAAAGGAAUUGACAACGAAACCACCGGGUCCACACAAGCCAAAUGACUAUAAGUCAGUGUACCAACUAGUGACGCACGAAGACAAGAGGACGAAACAAGAUUUCUUGCACAGGACUCAAAUGAUCGCUUUCCUUGUGAAGCUGUUGGAAAUUUGUGGGUAUUUUGAUGGCAAACCCAGAGACAACCCAUCUUUGGAAGAUUUAAAAACCAUGGCUGUAGAUGAGAAAUACAAAGAUGAUGUAGCGAUCUAUGGCAGUCUUGUCCUGAAGAAUCUUCAACUUUUGCAAUUCAAUGCUCACGAAGUUUUCGAGCUGCAGUGUAAGAAGCCAAAGGUCGGAUCUAACAUUAUCAAGCACGACGGAACAUCUGUGUUCCUGGCUGGCGCACUGUUUCCUACACUGUCUCUCUUCAACCACUCUUGUGACCCUGGCAUUGUGAGAUACUUCUGCGGCCCAACUAUCGUAGUGCGUGCCGUCAAGACCAUUAACAAAGGCGAAGAGGUGUCAGAAAACUACGGGCCGAUAUUCACGAGCGUGCCCAAAGACAAGCGCCAGGCGCGGCUGAAGGAGCAGUACUGGUUCGACUGCAGUUGCGUGCCCUGCCAGCAGAACUGGCCGCUUUAUGAGGACAUGAAUGAGAACUACAUGAGGUUCAAGUGCGACUCCGACAAGCCGUGUCCAAACGUGAUCCCCGUGACGCUGGACUGCAAGGAGUUCAUGGUGAAGUGCGGCCUGUGCCAGCAGUACACCAACAUACUGAAGGGACUCAAGUCUUUGCAGGACACUGACAUGGCAUUCAGGCUGGGCAAAGCGGCAAUGGAAGCUGGGCAGUAUGGGGAGGCUUUCAAGAAGUUUGUGGAAGUCCUAAAGCUGUAUGACGCUACCCUGCUGCCACCGUAUCGCUCCUACUACGAUACCGUGCAGGAGCUCAGGCACUGCAUGCUCGCUAUGGGGAACUACAGGAUUGUUUAAAAUUUUAAUUGUGAAACAUGUACUUUUAUAGAGUAAUAAAUGUGUUUUUUAUGUGAAUGUUA